UACACGUUUCUGCAGGAUUCCUUUCUGAGCACCUUGAAGAUGAGGAUCCGGACCCCACCCACACUCCUGAGGCUGGCAGGAGAGAGCCUGCUGAGGGACCAGGCCUCGGCCAUCGCAGCUCUGGAGUACCUGCCCGCUGAGCUCUUCCCGCCGCUCUUCAUUCAGGCCUACCACAGGAGAAUGCGGAAGGUCCUGAAGGCCAUAGUGCAAGCCUGGCCCUUCCCUGUCCUUCCUCUGGGCUGCCUGUCACAGCUGUCCCAGAACAAGCUCUUAAAAGCCGUGUUGGAUGGGCUGGAUGUACUGCUUGCCCAGGAGGUUCGGCCCAGGAGGUGUAAACUGCGGGUGCUGGAUUUCAGGAACACGGGAGCUAAGUUCUGGACAAUGUGGUGUGGAGACAGCACCCAGAAGUGCUCACGGACAGAACCAGUGGCUGUGCACAGCUCCAGCCCCAACAUGCAGCACCCCUUGGCUCCCUUGGAGGUGUUCCUAGACCUUAACUUCAAUGAAAGGGACGGGGAUGAGUUUCUCAAGUACAUCCUCCAAUGGGCCCAGCAGAGGGAAGGGUUGCUACACCUGUGCUGCAAGGCGCUGAGGAUUUCUGAGGUGCCCUUCCAGAGGGUCAGCAAGGUCCUGGAUGGGGUGCGGCUGGACUGCAUCCAGGAGGUGAAAGUGAACUGCACCUGGGACCUGCCCACCCUGGGGACGUUUGCUCUCUACCUGGGUCAGAUGAGUAACCUGCAGAGACUCUCUCUCUCCCACAUCUACGUGUUGACAGAAGAGGAGGAGGAGGAGGAGCAGCAAUCCUUUUCCCAAUUCCUCUCUCAGAUGCUCAGCUUGCGGCACCUCCGGGAGCUCAACAUGGAUUCUCCCUCCUUCCUCCGAGGCCGACUGGACCAGAUGCUCAGGUGCCUGCAGACCCCCUUGGACAAACUCUCCAUUACAAAUUGCCGUCAGCUGACCCAUUCAGACCUGACACACCUGUUCCAGUGCCCGAACCUCAGGCAGCUGAAGUUCCUGCAUCUAUUUGGUCUCAGCCUCGCGGAUUUCAGUCUCGAGCCCCUCCGAGCUCUGCUGGAGGCAGUGGCACCCACCCUCGAGGACCUGGGCCUGGAUAACUGUGCGAUGGUGGACUCCCAAGUCGAGGCCAUCCUGCCCGUCCUGAGCCGCUGUCACCAGCUCAGGGGCUUCACCAUCUCUGAGAACAACUUUUCCGUGGCCACCGUGGAGAAGCUGCUGCGCCACACGGCCGGGCUGCGCAGUUUAGAGCUCGAGCUGUACCCCGUCCCCCUGGAGUGUUACAGGAUCCAGGGGACCGUCAACCAGGAGAAACUCGCCCUGCUCCGGGCUGAGCUCACGGGGGUCCUGAAGCAGUUAGGACAGCCCAGGAGCAUCUUUCUUGGCACCAAGUACUGUCACAACUCUCGCAAAUGUAAACUUUACGACGUGGAGUUUUCAUGA